AUGUUAGUGAACAACACCUUAAGACAACAUACCACCACCACCACCACUAGAUAUUUAUUAAAGUCAUUGUUGCUGCAUCAAUCAACUGCAGUAGUAUAUUACUACUCCUCAUCUUCUUUUAUCUUUGAAAAGAACAAUCAAUCAACUACUUCAACAACAACAAGUAUAAUAGACAAGAAGAACGAAAGUUCUACAAUUCGAUUGAACCAACCACAACAACAACAAUAUCGUUAUUUUAGUAGUAGCAGUCUUCUUGGUACAAAGAAUAAGAAGAAUCAAUCAAAAGAAAAGAUGGUAUUUGUAAAACCUUAUGUAGGUGCAAUCGAUCAAGGUACCUCAAGUACAAGAUUCAUGUUGUUUGAUAGUAAUGGUCAAACCGUAUUAUCUCAUCAAAUCCUAUUACCUCAACACCAUCCAAAUCCUGGAUGGGUAGAACAUGAUGGUAAAGAGAUUAUAAAAUUUACAAAUGAAUGCAUUGAAAAUGUCAUGCAAGAGUAUUAUAGAUUGGGAUUAGGUGAAAAGAGUGAUAUCAAGGCUAUUGGUAUCACCAAUCAACGUGAAACCACCAUUGCUUGGAAUAAAAACAAUGGACAACCAUACCAUCAUGCUGUGGUUUGGUGUGACACUCGUACCAGUAGUCUAGUAUCUAGAUUCACUGAAAAGGCUGCUAAACUUGCCAAAUACAAGGAUCUAUCAGACGAAGAAAGAGACAAUCAAUCAAAGAAUCAUCUACGUCAAUUAUGUGGUCUACCCAUCAAUAAUUACUUUAGUGCUCUUAAAAUGAGAUGGUUAAUUGAAAAUGUAAAAGAAUUAAAUCAUCUCUCUCAACCAAAAGAUCAAAAAGAAGAGGAGGAUGUAAUAAUGGGAACUAUAGAUUCAUGGUUGGUUUGGAAUUUGACAGGUGGUGGAGUACAUAUUACUGAUGUAACCAAUGCAUCUCGUACAAUGUUGAUGAAUUUAAAAACUUUACAAUGGGAUAAAGAUAUUUGUGAAUUUUUAGAAGUACCAAUGAAUAUAUUACCAAAGAUUAAAAGUUCAUCAGAGAUUUAUGGAUAUAUAAAAGAGGGACCAUUGGAGGGGAUACCAAUUGGUAGUGUAUUGGGUGACCAACAAAGUGCAAUGGUUGGACAAAUGUGCUUUAAAAAGGGACAAGCUAAAAACACAUAUGGAACAGGUUGCUUUUUGUUGUACAAUACUGGCAAUGAGAUUGUACAGUCGACACAUGGUCUGUUGACAACUGUAUGCUAUCAAUUGGGCAAGGACGCCGAACCAUGCUAUGCAUUGGAGGGGUCGGUGGCGGUAGCUGGUGCCGGUGUCAAAUGGUUGGUUGAUAACUUGGGUAUUGCAUCAUCGGCCGAUGAAGUUGAAGAGCUUGCCGGCAAGGUAGAGAAUAAUGCCGGUGUUUACAUUGUCCCUGCAUUUUCGGGACUAUUUGCACCGUAUUGGAGAGACGAUGCUCGUGGUGUCAUUGUUGGUAUGACACAUCAAACUAAUCGUUGUCACAUUGCACGAGCAAUGUUGGAGAGUACUUGUUUCCAAACACACGAAGUACUGUCGUCUAUGGAAAAAGAUGCUAAUACCAAACUAACUGAACUUCGUGUAGAUGGAGGUAUGACCAAGAAUGAACUACUCAUGCAGAUGCAGUCCAAUAUCUUGGGAUUGCCAGUUGUCAAGCCAUACAACUCUGAAACCACCUGUUUUGGUGCCGCCUUUGCUGCCGGUCUCACCGUCGGCGUUUGGAAACAAUCCAUGGAAUUCAAAGUAUCCCAAACUUUCACACCCUUCACCACUCCUGAAUCCAAUGCUAUCAGAAUUAAAGAAUGGCAUAAAGCAGUAUCCAAAUCAAUUAAUUGGGUUGAAAAGAGUUAUUAA